AUGGUCCUACCGUCUCUCUCUCGCUGGGUACGCCCCAUGUUGCUGCAUUCAUCCCGCUGUCUGAGCACGUACAAACCGGACAUUGCCGCUGUCAAGAAGCUGCGCACCGAAUCGCAGGCUCCGCUCCAAGACGUUCGCAACGCCCUCGUCGCCACCGAAGGCGAUUUCCCAGCCGCCUUUGAGUGGCUGCGGAAAAAAGGCAUCGCGUCGGCCGGCAAAAAAGCUGGACGAUGUACGGCCGAAGGGCUCGUGGGCAUCCACGUGACUGAGAACGGCCUAUCUGCCGCCAUGGUCGAGGUUAAUAGUGAGACGGACUUUGUCGCCAUGAACGACACGUUCCAGGCGCUAGUUCGGUGCGUAGCCGACGCACUGACAACCUCUGAACCAGUCAUUUUGUCGGCCGGUCGGUCGGUCGUAACCGACUUUUUGUCGGCCGACCAAUUGGCGGUCGUGGACGUGGACGGGUCGACCGUGGCGGACAAGGUGCCGGAGCUGGUCGGCGUUGUUGGGGAGAACGUCGUGGCUACACGUGCUGUCCAAUUCCAGCUUCCGGAAGGUCUCAUAUGCAGCUACGUGCACAAUAUAGCCGCUCCUGGUCUCGGUCGUGCCGGGGCGCUGGUAGCGCUCCAGUUUCCAAGCAAAACAGCGUCGGCCGACCAGAUCGCGGGUGUCCAGGAGCUUGGUCGGCGCUUGGCCAUGCACGUUGUGGCUGCGCGGCCGCGCUUUCUCAAUCGGGAGAUGGUGCCGCAGACGGUUGUGGACAAGGAGCGCGCGUUUUUAACGGAGCAGGUGAAAGAUUCCGGCAAACCGCCGCACAUUGUGGCCAAGAUGACGGAUGGACGGCUGGCCAAGUUCUUUGGCGAGGUCACGUUGCUCGAGCAGGACCACUUGGUUGAAGAGGGGAACCCGAAAGUGGGCGCCUUUGUAGCGCAACAAGCGACCAAGUUGGGCCUCGACGUGUCCGUGGCGGCCUACGAGCGCUUUGAGGUCGGGGAGAGCAAGGAAGAGGAGAAGGAUGACGCGUAA